AUGUUCUCUCUCAAGACCUUCUCCGCCGCUCUCCUCCUCGCUGCUACUGUCUCUGCUGCUCCCGCCCCUAGCAAGACCGAGCGCGACCAUCCCGACAAGGUCGUCACCCUCACCGGUGUCACCCACUCUGUCAACGCCGGCCUUGGCGGUCUCCGCUUCGACCCCGACAACGUCGUCGCCGAGAUCGGUGACAUUGUCGAGUGGCACUUCCUCCCCAAGAACCACUCCGUCGCCCAGUCCAGCUUCGGCGAGCCCUGCCAGCCUCUCGCCGAGGGUGACGGUUUCUUCGCCGGCUUCAACUUCCCCACUCAGGAGGGCCAGGCUCCCGAUGUCUUCCAGAUCGUUGUUGAGGACAAGACUCCCAUCUGGUACUACUGCCCUCAGCAGAACGGCAACCACUGCCAGAACGGCAUGGUUGGCGUCAUCAACCAGAACUUUGACAACCAGGACUUCAGCCUCCGCCGCCACAAGGAGCUCGCUGCCCAGACUGAGAUCUCUGUCAUUCCUCCUGUCCAGCAGGGCGGUGCUGUGAUCCCCAACCCCAACCCCAACGGCGGCUUCUAA